CGAGCGUCAUUUGGCAGCGCUGAUUAUGUCCACCAGCAGGAGUUCUUUCGUUAGUAAAGCGCGCGCGAUCCUUUUUUCAGUACAUUGGCGGUGCUCGAUCGGCAUACAUGGUUCCGGUCUGGACGUGCUCAGUCCUCCUCGAAUAGAGCUGCAUAUCCUAAGAUCAAGGCGGUCUUAGUCUGCAUUGGUCCUGCGCUGGGACUGCACGUGUUUUCGGAAUUGCCCAGUGACGCAUUGUGGAGCGGGUUGUACAACUGAUUAUAAUAUAACAACUUUAAGCAAUCAUGGCCACUAAAGCGAGUAUAUUCCUACUGGCUGUAUUCAGCAUUAUACCUUCGCAGGUAUUUGCUCAGGCACGAGUAGAUGUUACCAACCAAGAAAUUCGUGAUGCGAUCCUGUCACUGGUGCACUCGUAUAACCUGCUGGAUAACAAGUUGGAACGGCACGAGCAACGGGAGCGGUCCCUUGGGGAGCAGGUUAAAAAAGGUUUAAUUACCCUGCAGAAGAACCAACGGAUAUUCGAGCCACUCAAGGGCACGAUAACACGGUUGGAGGAGCGUGUCGGCAGUAUCGAGACGGCUCUGCUAAAUCAAGACGAGAAACACACUAUACAACAGUCGAAGCUGGACGAAACACUUGAGGGCGUUCUGCGCUGGUUAACUGACAAUGCGCACAUGCUCGAGACCCGCGUCAUCACGGAUUCACGACAGUAUGAGAAUGGCGACGGACUCGGUGGAAAGAUAGAAGAGCUAACCGAAAGCAUUAGAGAGCUGCGGCGCGAGAUGGCGGAACUGAAGUCAGAUAGAGAGUCGCUUGAGCAAACCAACCGCAAUCUAAUCCAACAGGCGGAAAAACUGGCAAACGCGAAGCAGGGUUCAGCGUCGGAUGAGAUUAUUGGUAAAAUUGAGGAGCGUUUGUCCUCGUACUAUAAUAAUCCCGUCGUAAUCAGUCACUCGAACGUCGACUUCGAGGAGAAGGUCAUCCGGAAGCUGGAUACGCUUGAUGCCGCCGUGCAGGAAAGUAAGUCGACUGCGCUGUCGGCAGCUAAAGGGCAAGGGCCAUCGGUAGAUAAAGAGUUCAUUCAGGGCUUGGUCAAUGAAACGCUGGAGGCGAUCGAAGACAUGCGUCUAGAGGUGUUGACAGCGUCCGAUAAGAGCUUCUCGAAGACAGCUACCCGCAUCAAGGAGAAUAACGAGGUACUGCAGGGUUCGGUGAAUGAAAUCUUGAAGACACUGUCCGAGGAAAUCAUUGAUACGGAAGCAUUCUUCUCAGGAACGAAGAAAGAUAUUGGAUCGUUGAAAGACGAAAUUGCAGCAUUAAGCAGAUUGGAAAAGUUCCUGCUACAAACGGGUGAAAACGUCUUAGAUGCCAAACGCGGUAUAGAUUAUGGCAUCCAUCAGAUUUUGCGAGAGGUCACGGAAGUCGUGAAGGCCAACUCGAAGGAUCUUAACUCAACGGUAACCAAACGAUUCGAUGAAAUUAGUGCAACCAUUCUGGAUAAUCACAACGGUGCGUUGACAAAUUUGAGCUCGAAGAUUGAAACGGAAAUUAGUCAGGUUUGGCGUCAGAUUGGCAUUAUGUACCAGGAGAUCUCAUCCAGCAAGCAAGCUUUGGAUCGUUUGCAACAGCAGACGGAAGCCUAUGUCAACGGAACGCUAACAACGAUGGACAGCAUGGAAGGAAAGGUUUCUCUGAUCACCGGACGCAUGGCCGAAGUGGAUUCCAACCUGAACUAUCUGCUGGGUCGUCUCUCGCUGGUAACACAGGAAUUCAACCUCAUUAAGACUGGUCUCGGCAAGGCACUGGACGAAAUCAAGAGCAGUUUCAACGAGGUACAGGAGCGAGUUAAGGGACCUGGGCCGCACAAAAUCUCCUCCGAAGAGAUCGAAGGUGACUUCAGCCAGUCACCGUCGACUAAGUGAGAAGCCAGCCAUCGUGUUGUAAUGCGUGCUAGAUUAAAAUUUAGAAGGUAUAUUUUUUAUCAACCAAAUAAGACUACUGCUACCGGUAGACUUUGUGUGCUUAGAAAAGAUAGAAACGUAAUACUUACGAGCAAUUAAAACUGAACGUUUUAUUGCAUUAGUACUAAGUCAAUCUCGUGUAAGGCUACAAGAUGAUAAAUAUAUAGUAUGAACGAUAACACAA